GAGACUGUAGGCUCAUGAAUUGCAUCUCAGCUAAGGGUUAGCGUAUUAUUCCAUCUCUCUGGCUUCCCCAGCAUGAACCGCCAGUUCACCUACAAGUCGGGGACUGCCGCCAAGGGGGGCUUCAGCGGCUGCUCGGCAGUGCUCUCAGGGGGCAGCUCGUCCUCCUAUCGGGCAGGUGGCAAAGGGCUCAGCGGGGGCUUUGGAAGCCGGAGCCUCUACAGCCUGGGGGGCGCCCGGAGCAUCUCACUCAACAUGGCCAGCGGCAGUGGGCGGGCAGGGGGCUAUGGGUUUGGUCGAAACUGGGCCAGUGGCUUUGCUGGCAGCAUGUUUGGCAGUGUGGCCCUCGGGCCUGUGUGUCCAACUGUGUGCCCUCCAGGGGGCAUCCACCAGGUCACUGUCAACAAGAACCUCCUGGCCCCCCUCAACGUGGAGCUGGACCCUGAGAUCCAGAAAGUGCGCAGCCAAGAGCGGGAGCAGAUCAAGGCUCUGAACAACAAGUUUGCCUCCUUCAUCGACAAGGUGCGGUUCCUGGAACAGCAGAACCAGGUGCUGGAGACCAAGUGGGAGCUGCUACAGCAGCUGGACCUGAACAACUGCAAGAACAACCUAGAGCCCAUCCUCGAGGGCUACAUUAGCAACCUGCGGAAGCAGCUGGAGACGCUGUCCGGGGACAGGGUGCGGCUGGACUCGGAGCUGCGGAACGUGCGGGACGUGGUGGAGGACUACAAGAAGAGGUAUGAGGAGGAAAUUAACAAGCGCACAACUGCCGAGAAUGAAUUUGUGGUGCUUAAGAAGGAUGUGGAUGCGGCUUACAUGAGCAAGGUGGAACUGCAGGCCAAGGUGGAUGCUCUGGAUGGAGAGAUCAAAUUCUUCAAAUGUCUGUAUGAAGGGGAGAUUGCUCAGAUCCAGUCCCAUAUCAGUGACACAUCUAUCAUCCUGUCCAUGGACAACAACCGGAACCUGGACCUGGACAGCAUCAUCACUGAGGUCCGCGCCCAGUAUGAGGAAAUAGCCCUGAAGAGCAAGGCCGAGGCUGAGGCCUUGUACCAGACCAAGUUCCAGGAGCUCCAGCUAGUAGCUGGCCGGCAUGGGGAUGACCUCAAGCACACCAAGAAUGAGAUCUCCGAACUGACUCGGCUUAUCCAAAGGCUGCGCUCAGAGAUUGAGAGUGUGAAGAAGCAGUGCUCUAACCUGGAGAUGGCCAUCGCCGAUGCUGAGCAGCGGGGCGACUGCGCCCUGAAGGAUGCCCGGGCCAAGCUGGAUGAGCUGGAGGCCGCCCUGCACCAGGCCAAGGAGGAGCUGGCCCGGAUGCUGCGGGAGUACCAGGAGCUCAUGAGCACGAAGCUGGCCCUGGACGUGGAGAUCGCCACCUACCGCAAGCUGCUGGAGGGCGAGGAGUGCAGGAUGUCUGGAGAACACACCAAUUCUGUGAGCAUUUCAGUCAUCAGCAGCACGGUGGCCGGGACCACGGGCACAGGAGCUGGCUUUGGUUUCAGCGGUUCUGGCACCUUUGGUUACCGGCCCAGCUCUGUCUCAGGGGGUUACGGCAUGCUGUCCGGGGGCUGUGUCACUGGCAGUGGGAACUGUGGCCCCCGCGGAGAGGCCAAAACCAGGCUGGGCAGUGCAAGCGAAUUCAAGGACGCCCAGGGGAAGACCUCAGCUCUGAGCUCCCCCACCAAGAAAACCACAAGAUAAAGUGAAAGUGUAUUUCCCCACUGUCCACCUCACCCUGGUUUCCUCUGGACUCCCUUCUCCAGGAAACUCCUGCAUCACAUUUAUCAUCGUCUCCUUCUUGCUUUUCCUUGCCACUGACAAUCCCUCUCUUCUACCUCCUGCCUUAGUCUUCCUUCAUUCAGAAUCUGGAUUCUAGCCCAUCCUGCUGCCUCCAUACUAAGAGACUCCCUAACUCAGGCUCCCCUUCCUGAAGCGUUGCCAGGAAGGCCAGAUCUUUCCCUGGCCUGCACAGCCCCUUGCAGAGAAAGGUCUCUCUCAGCAGUUCCCCCCUCCACAGCCUGGUCUUAGGGAGUUAUUUGGCCACAGGCUGCCUGGGUUCAUGAGAUUACAGGGCCACCGACAGACCCACAAAGACUGUCUCCUGUUACAGCAACAGCAGCUCAGGCAAAACACUAGGUUACGGGUUCUAUCUUGCGUGGCCCCUACACGUUUACAGAGCUGGGAGUAGCCCUGGAGAUUGGUCUUAUCCAUGAAGGGAUUUGUGCCUUCAAUAUGUGAGUUCCUGUCCUUGUUCAGGUCUUACCUCUCUAAUUCCCGCAUCUCACCAAUAAACUUAAUAAAACUCA